AUGAUGAAUAUUGAGGAAAUUCUACCAGAGUUAUUUGGCGAGAAGCGAGUUUAUUAUUGUCAGCGGUGAGUACGGUAGCUUUGGAGAUUUAUUUUUACCGAAAAAGCGCGUUUGCAGAUGUCUCAACCACGGGCUCCGCGAGAAGCGCAAAAACCACAAGCUCUCGUGCUCGUUCCGUUUUUGUCAGUGCUCGAAUUGCAUAGUGAGUGACAUCUUUUCGUUGUUCGCCUCCAAUCGAAUGUCGUGUUUCUAGAUGGUCGAACGACGCCGUCAACUCAACUCGCGUCUUAUGCAAAUCGAGGGAAGUCAGGAGAAGAGCGUGGGCGUGUUGAUGACGUCAUCGGAAGAGGAUCAGAUCGAGUGCACCAGCCAAUCGGAGACGACGAACGAGAGCAGCGGCGAGGACAAGGACGAUGGCAAGCCGAAAGGUUCGAAUGAGCAUUUGACGAGUUGCUAGUAAAUGUUUUUGUGAAAAGCACAAGUCCCGUAGUACUAUUGUGAACCUCUACUUCCGAGACCUACAGUACCCUUGGGAGACGUGAUACAGAGUAGCUGUGAACUACAAAAAUAUAGUGCUAGGUGUGAUCUUCAUUUUUGCAGUUGAUCAUUUUUCUCCAGAAUCAAUUUCUGGCCUACUGUAGGUCUUGGAAGUUGGGCCUCACCAGGAGCACAGAAAUUUCAGUGCCAACUUUCAAGACCUACAGUAGGCCAGAUAGUGGUCGUAGAGACAAAUGAUCAACUAGAAAAAUGUACUACUAGGUAUAAACUUUUCACAAAACAAUUUUGGCAACUCUAGGACGUUUCGCAACUCUACAAUAUUCGUUCAAAGUUUAAAAAUUUGUCCUGUUUGUACUGGUCAGUUGAACUUGAAAAACGUGAGUGUCUGAUACUUUGUUUAUCAUUUUAUCAUGUCAAAGCUCAAAAACCAACAAAAAAAACCAACUUUUAUUGCUACUAUCACUAUAGGAUUCAUAAAAAGCGGAAGGCGCCGCUUUUCCCGUGUCAGGAGCCGCCUGGGUCCAAAACCAAAAAGAAGCGCGAGCGAGCGAGCGAGUGAGGAACAAUUUUAAUUGUUUCUUUGAGUGUCCCUUAUGACUUUCCGCCGAGAGACACUUUUAACGAUUAUGAGCACACGUUCAUCGGAAUUCCUCUCUCUCUCUCUCUCUCUUUCUCUCUGUUUCGCAUAGGAAGAAUAGAAAACGCGGCGGCCACCGGAUUUUAUUGCUUUUUGACAAGCAGCACACGAGAACGAGAGGAAUGAUGAUGAUGAUGAAAGUUGAGAUUAGGAGAACGGCAAGUGUUGCGCCGGCACGUCCAACUUUUCGAUGAGUGGUGUAAAGCGCAUGGGGGUCCGUCCGCAAUGGAACAGGGCCUGGACUUUUCGGUCCGUCUUGAACACUUUUUGUACUUGGUUCAAGUAUUUUGGUGCAGAGAUUCGAACCGAAUCCAGUAUAGGGUAAAUAAUCGGAAACUCGGACCCGAGAAACUCGAUGAUUUCCCGUGGGUGGUCAUUUCGGCUCUUCACACUUUUUCUCUGCGUUUCUUUCUCGAAAAGCAGCUGUCAAUGGGGUCCAAUAAAAUGAGACUUAGUGUCAAAGGCACCCAAAACAAAAAAAAAGGAGUUAGCCGCUAUUCUUGCCCCCUCUUAAUGGUUGAACAACGACGAGUUGCAGGUAAACAGAGUACAGCAAACUUUAAACGAGUAUUGUCUGCUUGCGAAACGUCCUAUGGUUUCCAAAACGUUUUUGUGAAAAGUUCAAGUCUAAUAGAGCAUUUUUGCAGUUGAUCAUUUUUCUCUACGACCACUUUCUGGCCUACUGUAGGUCUAAAAUUUAGAUUAGACCGUCUAAAUGCGUAGGCAAACUUCCAAGAGCUACAGUAGGCCACAUAUUGGUCCUAGAGAAAAAUGAUCAACUACAAAAAUGUACCACCAGGUACGAACUUUUCACAAGACACUUUUGAAAGCCAUAGGGCGUUUCGCAACUCGACAAUAUCCAUUCAAAGCCUGUCAGACGUUCUUCAACUGAAAAAUCCCUGUGUUUGACUGCAAUUUUUUCGCAGAACGUCGUCCAAACUGUCAACGGUGCGCGCAGCACAGUGUGGUGAACCGUCUAAAGGGCCACAAACGGGCGUGUCCGUUCCGUGACUGUUUCUGUGCCAAAUGCCAGGUCGUCGUCGAGCGUCAGAAGUUGAUGGCCGAUCAGAUCAAGCUGCGGAGACGUCAGAAGCGCGAGAAGAACAAUUUGAAUAGUGAGCGCGAGGCGCCCGUUCCGCACAGUAUGACGCCUUCGCCCACCGGUCAGUUUUUUCGUUUGAUAAACUGUUUGAAACCCGUUAGAUUCGAGUAACCAACCGUACUUUCUCAAUAUCUCUCUAUACUUAUGGGUCAUCUGAACGUUAGUGAAACGUGAAAAUCUGCAGGCACGUCGAUCACCUCCGCCUCGGACUCGUCCUCUUCUGCCCCAAUGUGCCUGAAAUGCGCUCAGCAAGUGAUCGGCUACCAACAGCUUCUGAAUCUUCUCGAUCCGUCCGCCGCCGCCGAUCCAAUGAUCACGCUUUCGGCGAUUUUGGCCGCGUGCCCGCACAAAAACGAAUGA